GCCGAACCGAAAGCAGGUAGAGGGACACUUCCUGCGGGUUGGAAAAAGGGAGAGAAAGGGAGUUUGCCUCUCAUCUCCCUCAAAAACCAAUCAGGCCGGAUCAGCCAGGCGCUGAGGCUCCCUCCGUCCCUCCUACACCUUUCCCAGAGACCCAAUGGCCUCGUCCCUCCGGGAGAUUGACUAGAGUCACAUGAGCUGCACCAAGGGCAGCCCCGGGAAGGAGAUCACCGGGAACAGUUGUUUCACCCCUGUGGUCAUGACGGCUUCGCGCAGUGACUCUUUGGUGGUGUUGUUUGGGGCAACAGCUGGUGCAUAUGGGGCUAAACUGGGUUCGGAUGAGAGGGAACUAAUUCUCUUGGUGUGGCAAGUUGUGGAUCUCCCCGGCAAGAAGGUAGGGACACUGCACAAAUCCCUGGUGAAAGCAGACAAUUUGGACUUAAGUGAUCAAUGUCGUGAAGUGAGUGGUUUAACAUCAGAGGGACUGGGCAAAGCAGAGCCUCUGGACCGGGUUCUUCAACAGUUUAUUCAGCUGGUAUCCAGUGAUUUGAAAGUACUUGGAAGGAGUUCUUACACGCUCUGCAGUGAUGGCCAGUUACUCAUUCGACAAGUCCUCCACCCAGAGACAUCUAAGAAGAACUUCCUGCUGUCAGACUGCUUCUAUUCCUUUUAUGAUCUGCGCAAAGAAUUUCAUGCAUGCUACCCUAGUUCAGCCGCCGUGAAGGAUCAGACUAUCAAGACCAUGGCAGAAUAUCUAGGCUUAGGGACAGAUGAAACGGAGGAGGACUUUGGCGUGUGGCAAGUGAAAACAAUGGUGGCUAUCAUUUUCAGCAUGCUCUCUGAAAGUUGUAACCACAUAUUUACUGAGCCUGAAACUGUGAAAUACAAAUACGAAACAGGUCCAUGUAGUAAAUCUGAAACAGUGGACAAUGAGACAGUAAUACGUGCCAGAGGUUUGCCAUGGCAGUCUUCAGACCAAGAUAUUGCCCGAUUUUUCAAAGGACUCAAUAUUGCUAAAGGUGGUGUGGCCCUUUGUCUGAAUGCUCAAGGAAGAAGAAAUGGGGAAGCAUUAGUUCGGUUUGUCACUUCUGAACAGAGAGAUUUGGCACUGGAAAGACAUAAGCAUCACAUGGGUAGCAGAUACAUUGAGGUUUACAAAGCAACUGGGGAAGAAUUCUUAAAAAUUGCAGGAGGUACCUCCAAUGAAGUUGCCCAGUUUUUAUCUAAAGAGAAUCAAGUUAUCAUCCGGAUGAGAGGCCUUCCGUUCACUGCUACUCAGGAGGAUGUCUUGGGGUUCCUGGGGCCAGAGUGUCCGGUCACAGGAGGGAAAGAGGGACUUCUCUUUGUCAAAUACCCAGAUGGCAGGCCCACAGGAGAUGCAUUUGUGUUGUUUUCCUGUGAAGAAUAUGCACAGAAUGCACUUAAAAAGCACAAAGAAAUCCUUGGAAAACGUUACAUUGAACUCUUCCGGAGUACAGCAGCAGAAGUCCAGCAGGUACUCAAUCGAUACAUGUCAACGCCUCUUAUUCCCACCCUCCCAACUCCCAUCAUUCCUGUCAUACCCCCACCAUACACAAUUGCCACAGGUAGCAUACGUGACUGUGUCAGGCUCAGAGGCCUUCCUUACACUGCUGGCAUUGAUGACAUCCUGGAGUUUAUGGGAGAUGCCACAGCUGAUAUCAAGCCCCAUGGAGUACACAUGGUCCUUAAUCAACAGGGACGACCAUCAGGUGAUGCUUUUAUCCAAAUGAAAUCUGCUGACAAAGCCUUUAUGGUGGCUCAAAAAUGUCACAAAAAAAUGAUGAAGGACCGUUAUGUGGAAGUAUUCCAGUGUUCGGGAGAGGAGAUGAACUUUGUUUUAAUGGGUGGCACUUUAAAUCGUAGUGGCUUAUCCCCACCGCCAUGUAAGUUACCAUGUCUUUCUCCACCAGCUUAUGCUGCUUUCCAAACAGCAGCUGUGAUCCCAGCAGAAGCAGCGCUCUACCAGCCACAAGCCCUCUUGCCAGCCGCCAGGACUCCCCAGGCCUCGGCUGCUGCUCCUCCAACUGUUACCUACUACCCAGCUCAGGCAGCUCAGCUUUAUAUGAAUUACACAGCUUACUAUCCCAGUCCUCCAGUAUCCCCUACCACAGUGGGCUAUAUCGCAGCUCCUCCGGGAGCUGUAGCUGCUGCUGCCACUGCCACCCACACUCCAAUUCUACCCCAGCCUGGAGCGUUAGUCCGUAUGCAGGGCUUGCCGUAUAACACAGGAAUGAAGGAGAUUCUCAGUUUCUUCCAGGGAUACCAGGUUAGUAUGCGGUCUUUCUCCCUGAUGUUUUAUUUGGACCUUUGCAUAAUGAUCAGCAGGGAUCACACUGAACAAGCCUGUGCUCUUGGAAAUUGAUGAACAUCUUUACAGCAGACUGCAGGUUAGAAUUAACAUUUGCCUUAUUACUUAUAUAAUAAGCAUGUCCAAAUUUGAAAGCAGUGAUCUAAUGCUCGGAUGUAAGAUGUGUUAAAGGCUGCUGAGAGCGAAGUUCUAGUACAAUAGGCUGCAGUGCACCACACCUACAUUACAAAGGGGAGAGAGACGCUGGUGUCAGACACUCUUGCAUGGACUAUUUAUUUUGGUUACAGGCAGGAACAUUUUGCAUUACAACUGCAUUACGCUGUAACCUAAAGAAAAAAAUGUAUUCUCCAAUCCAUGGGAUACUGAUAGCAAGUAUGUUAAGUGCUUAUAGAUAACUUUGGUCAGUAUCUACUGGUUUGAUACUCUAUCAGUGGGCAAACACACAGAAACUUAUCUUCUAGAGGAACAUUUAAAGAAAUAAAAGCACCAUGUGCAAACUUUUUUUCAGCAGCACAUAUUUGAAUUCAUGGAAUGGGUCUUUCCAUGUCUUCUUCCUUUUAUCUCAGAGGAUAUUGUAUUUAUAUCCAUGUUUUGCCAUCACAUGUUUGCUAAAAGGAAAGAUAAUUGAGUAUGGUGUGUUCUGGUGAGUAUUUAACCUCUUUGGAUAACAGAUUUACAUGAAUACCAAGUCUGUCCUUCUAGUACUACUCAGAAGCCCUUAUUUAGAAUUUCUUGGUGGGUCUCAAACCACUCUUCAAGUCGUAUACAUGGAAAGAAGGCAAUUUUUACGAGUUUGCUCUUCAAACUUCUUUAAGUUGGUUAACAGUGGUAUUGCUGAAGGCUGAGAUGCGGAUUUUUUUUUAAUGCAAAGAAGCAAUUUUUUUCCCCCAAAUGUUGCAGCAGUAAUAAUUAUCUGUUUCUUAAACAUUCUUAGUUUACCUUUUUUCAACUGACUUUUUUUGUUGGAUGGAUGUAUGGAUGGUAGUUGUAUUAAAACCUUAAGUGCGGGGAUAGCUUAUUUCCUAAACUGAAAUUCAGCUGUAAGUGUAAGUGUGCUGUUGAAAAAUGACAUGAGCCUGUGUAUGCAUGGAGCAGGUCAGUGACUUCCAACAUCUAGCAGCCCUGUCAUACACUAGGUAUUCAAUUUAGCGAAGCGGGACUUGGGGUCUGGUGUUGAAUUUGAGCUCUUCCUUAUUUUCUGAAUGUAAAGAGUAGUUUCUAACCUUUGUAUUAUGCAAUUAAAUGUUUCAAAUUAAUGGAAAUUUUACCACAGUGUGAAAGCUAUUCAUAUUCUUCUGCUGCAACCACUUGACAUCAUUAGUUACUGUUAUUAAAUUGGUCACCUCUUUGAUUUCUUUAGAAGAUGUUGUCCAAAUGAGAUCGGGUUCAAUAUCUUAUAAAGGAGCCAAGGAAUUAUUUUGAAUUGUUCUUGGAAUCCCGCAUGUGGUAAUACUAGUUUUAUACUCCCUCAUUCCUUUAGGGGAAAACAAAGGUGGUGACUUACUGUACUGGGACAAUGUUAUGUCUCUGGAGGAAAAACUAAUCUUUUUUUCUUUUUUCCCCCCCUUCCCCUCUCUCCUCACAUUAUUUUUUUCAUUUUCUGCUGCUGCCCAAGGAUGCAUUGCACGAUGCUUCUGGUCAUUUAUAAAGUGAGCCCUUAAUAAUCGUCAGUGGUUUUGGGCAUGGUUUUAAUCUCUGCAUAACUAAUUGAUGUUGGUAUUCAAUGGGCUUGGAAAACAGAUUGGAAAAGCUGAGAUUGAAGGGUGAUUUUUUUUUUUGUGUCUUUGUAUGUCCUUGUCUGAAAGGAGCAAGUUUUAGUUCCUGCUUUAUGCUCUUCUGUUUUCUUCCUUCAGUCUUCAUGGGCUCCAUAUAUUGCAUGUAUUCACAUGUUGUUAUUUAAGUGAAAACACCUUUCAUACCAGACCUGCCUCUUAAGAGAUAGACUUUGCUUAUUAUGGGCUUCAACAAGCUGGUCUCAAUAUCAGUACAUGCUUCUAAUAAUAUUCUAUGUAAGAAUCUGCAGAUCAGCAUUUUAUCACUUAUUUUAAUUUUCAUUUAUUUUUAUCAGCACUAGGAUCUUGUUUAGUGAUCCAGCAGCUUUUCUUCUUGAAGUUAUACUUUCUUAUUUUUAUUGUUAAAAAUUCCUUCCAGUUUGUAUGUGUUUAAUGUAUGUAGCAUUAAACACUCUUGAAAAACAUGUGAAGAAUUUUAAUAAUAAAUCUUAGAGGUGGUUUUUUCCCCAUCACCUUUCAUAAUGGUGUAGUGCACUGUAACAUUCAAAAUUGCUAAUAUUAAUACUUUCUCAUUUAGUAAUUUUUCCAUGUUAAACUGAUUUUUAGUUAUAUUGUAAUGUAACUGGGUCAAUUAUUUGACUGAUUGCAUAGCUAAAGGAUACUCAGGGGUGGAGUGGGGAACAAAAGAAAAACACACAACCCCCAGAAUCAAAAUAGGACAUGACAGUAGCUGUUGCCCUGACAAGUCCUAAAACACCAGCUUCUCAGCAGGUUUGCUGGUCUUUGGUCAUUAUUUUGUAAUAAGGGAUUUAUGGAUGUUUACCAGAAACUUCCUUUAUUGUUCAAAGACUUCAGUUGUGUAGAGACUCUUUUAAAGCUGAGAAAAAAUAAUCUGUCUUUCAGACCCUAUUGGGAAAGGCUUGAGGAGAAUGUGAGGCAGAAUAGUAAUAAUAUGCAACAGACUUAUCGGUGCUAUUUUUGGCCAUCACUCUGCGUAUCAGUAAAUGCAGCUAGAGAAAUCAAGCACCAAAGGAAGUAGUUAAGUGUUGGAUGAUGGUUUUAUGUGAAGUUAUGUAUCAGAACAAAGCUGAUCACCAUCUGAAUGUUAUUUAAAGACUUCUGAAUUUGCUAAAAAAAGGCUAGGCUGGAAACGUAGGGACUCCUUUGUGAAAGCGUUCUUGUGUAGAACAGGCUUAAAAUCAAUAUUCUUUAAACCUGUAGUGGAUCUAAGUGCCUUUUAUCUUCAGCUAAAUAAAUAAAUAAAUAAAAAUUGCAGUAUAUUAAUCCUCCAAGUCUUUGGGACCCCAAAUUCAAGGCUUGCUGGGGUGGGGAGUGUGCUUAAAACAGGAAUAAGGAGGUGUAGGGGAACGGAUAGUUGGCUAAGUUCCAAGAACAUUAACUUUUCUCCCCUGUAUUAGGAUAGCAGGCUUCAUUGUUACGGACUUUAAGGAUUAUUAUUAUUAUUUUUUUCCCCUAUGAAAUGCAUGCUUGAACAGAGAGGUGUUCUCUCUGUGGGUUCCUUUUGAAAUCUGACACUUCACAGUCUGAGAGGGAUACCCCAUCGUCUGUGUGCCAAUUCUUGGUGUAGCACCUUCUGCCUAGGGAAGGGAAAAGAAAGAGGAUGUGAUAAAAUAAUAGUAAGUGGGAAUUCUUUAAGUCAUCUGACAGCACAGAUGUGUUAUGCUCACUCCAGUGCAGCUGGAAUAUAGAAUGUUAUUUGUUUGUUCAUAAAAUUGUCUUCCAUCUGGAAAUACUGUCUCUAUGGAGAAAGCAUUUGUGAGAACGGGACUAGUAAAUUAGCAGUUAUAGUUUUUCUUCCUGGUAUUUCUUGCUAUUUCUGCCAACUCUUUUGCCAAAGGUUGCAAACGCCAGUCAUCAGGUUGUAUUUUUUAUGUUCCAGACUUACUGUAUAUAGAUUUUUUUUUUUUUCCAAAGCCUUGAGAGCAAUAAAAUGGCUGGAAUAAAAAAAAAGUGCAUGCAAGGAGAAAGUGUAGUAUUCUACUACUUUGUUAGCCAAUAUAUCUUUGGUUCUUAUCUGAAAAAGCUUUGCACUACAGAAAGUAUAGCAGAUAGCCUUUCUGGGAGGUGCUAUCAUACUGGAAGUAGUGGUUGGGCCUCUCUUCUAGGAAAAGAGGAAUUAGUGUUUUUUAAUAUGUCUGUCAUUUAGUUUUAUUUUAGUCUGUUGUAAUAUAUACUAUUUAAUAUUAAAAUACUGGUGUUAUUUAAUAUACAUGAGUUGAAAAGUCUCCGUCAUUUCAAAUGUUAAUACCCAGAAGGGUAGAUAUAGAAUCAGAGAAUGGCUCAGGUUGGAAGGGACUUUAAAGAUCAUGUAUUUCCAACCCUCCUGCCAUGGCCAGGGAUGCCACCUGCUAGAUCAGGUUUCCCAGGACCCCAUCCAACCUGGUUUUGAACACUUCCAGGGAUGGGGCAUUCACAACCUCUCUGGGCAACCUGUUCUAGUUCCUUACCACCCUCCGAGUGAAGACUUAAAUAUAUAUACUUGUAAAGUAAAUCACUGGCUCUAUGAAGAAGCACCAUGUCCUUCAGGAAAAAAAAAUAUUUUGCAUUAGUCGUGACGCUGUAUGUCUGUCAAUAAUGGUCUUGUCACUGUAUGUCUUAAGCUAUGAAAGUCCCUACUCCCACAGGGGAGCUGACAAGGGAAAAAUGUAGGAAAUGGGGAAACACCAGUCUUCACUAUUUAGCAGCAUCUCUCUGUCCUAGUCUGCUGCACUUUUUUCGUUGUUAUGUAUGCAUAUUCCUUCUGCCAUCUUGCAUCCUUGCUGUAGAAGUAAUUAUUGACCCCAGGACCUUAUUUGGUAACUGCUUACAAAGGUUCUGUUUUGUUUCCUUCUCCUAGGUUAGUUUCCCAUACCUGGUUUCCAUAUGUAGUUUUGACCUUUCUUUAUCUUAGCUCACAUCUCUAAAAACCUCUGGAAGGAGUCAGUAUAGCACCAGGAUACAUUAUGGUAACUCAGUGUUGAUGUCCUUAGCAUCUAAAGUUGACCUUUGUAAUGAAGCUCUUUGUUUAACAGUGGUAUUCUGUGUAUUUUUCCUUACUAGACUACGCAAAAAAAAA